AUGGCCACCGCCGCCGACCGCGCGACCAAGCGCACCCGCAUCUACCUUCGAUCCGAGGUCGACAAGCACAACACGGCCAAGGACUGCUGGGUCGUGCACAACAACAGGGUCUACGAUGUCUCCCAGUUCCUCGAGGACCACCCGGGAGGAGACGACUUGAUCCUGAACUGGGCAGGGAAAGACAUCACGGAGGUCAUGCAGGAUCCGAUCGAGCACUCGCACAGCGACAGCGCGUACCAGGUCCUCGACGAGUACCAGAUCGGCAGGCUGGGCCAGGAGGAGUGCAUCACGAACCCCGACUUCGAGUUCACCGACGACUGGCACCCUGACGACACCGACAACGUCAAGGACUGGGAGCGCAACCAGUUCCUCGACCUCAACCGCCCGCUCAUCAUGCAGGUCUGGAACUCGGACUUCUCGAAGGCGUUCUACCUUCAGCAGGUUCACCAGCCCAGGCACUUGCCCCGUCCCGCUCGCCUCUUCGGCCCGUGGUAUCUCGAGAUCUUCACCAUGACCUCGUGGUAUGUCGUGCCGCUCAUCUGGCUGCCGGUCGCCGGAUACAUCCUGCGGCAGUCGAUCGUCCAGCAAACAGCGGCGGGCUUGUCGAUGUCGACGGCGUUGUCGAGGUCGGGUGCGUGCUUCCUCGUCGGAAAUGUCAUUUGGACGUUCCUUGAGUACACGAUGCACCGCUUCCUCUUCCACAUCGACGAGCACCUCCCGGACCGCCCCUUCUUCCUAAUGCUCCACUUCCUACUCCACGGUAUCCACCACUACAUUCCGAUGGACCGCUUGCGCCUCGUCAUGCCUCCCCUCCUCUUCUUCGCCCUCCAAACUCCGUUCACCAAGCUCGCUCACAAGCUUUUCCCGGCGUGGAUGGCAAACGGCAUCAUCUCGGGCGCAUUUGUCUUCUACGUCGCGUACGACGUGAUGCACUACGCCCUGCAUCACACCAAGCUUCCGGAAUACGUCCGCAAGCAGAAGUCAUGGCACAUGGAACACCAUUACAAGGAGCCUGAACUCGGUUUCGGCGUUACGAGCCCGUUCUGGGACCGCGUCUUCGGCACGACCUUCGUCAGCCGCCCGAAGGACGCCCCUCCCAAGCUCUCAGCCAAGGCCUGA